AUGUUGGCCUCCGGUUUGCGGAAUGUAGCACGACGGCCCGGCUGCUGCUGCUCCCGAGCAUCACCAAAACCCUACUCAGCCGCUACCGUAAUCGCCGCCGCCGCCGCCGGAGCAUCGUCUGCAAGCUACUAUCACCCACGUCUCACAUCAUUCCGAUCCUUCGCUGCUACCGCGCGCGCAUCGCAAAUCGCUACAAUGGCUUCAUCGACAACCCUGCCGAGGCUGCCCCUUUUCGAGGCCAUCUCCCGUCACGAUCCCGAGUCUACAGCAGUGAUCCACUCGCUCUCCGGCCGCCGGUUCAAGUACGGGGAGCUCCUAGGCGACGUGCGCCGCGCGCGGGAUAAGUUGUUAAACUCAGCUGGCAAGCCGGACCUGAACGGCGAGCGUAUCGCGUUCUUGGUAGAGAACAGUUACGACUAUGUAGUGACCCUCCUUGCCGCCUUCGCCGCCCGAUCGAUCGCCGUCCCCCUCUCCCCGGCCUUCCCCGCCGCCGAGCUCCAGUACAUCCUCAACCAGAGCGAGGCCUCGCUGCUAGUAUCCUCGGCCAAGUUCGCCGCCAAGGCGAAGGAGGUCCUCGCGACUGAGCUCGUCUCGAAGCCCCCGCAACUCGAGCUCCAGAAGCACCUCGGAGGCGGCGCUCAUGAGCAGGUGGAGCUUGACAACGCCGACGCCGGCGGCGCAGGCAUGAUGCUCUACACUUCGGGAACGACCAACAGACCGAAAGGUGUCUUGCUCCCCCAGUCCGUCUUGACAGCGCAGUCCAAGUCCCUCAUCGAAGCAUGGAACUAUUCUCCCGAAGACCACCUUCUCCACGUCCUCCCUCUCCACCACAUCCACGGCACCGUCAACGCCGUCCUCACCCCGCUUCUCUCCGGCUCCACGAUCGAAUUCAUGUUCCCGUUCAACGCCGACGCAGUCUGGAAGCGCCUCGCCGCGCCCUUCAUAACCACAAACGGCACCAACGGCACUAACGGUGUCAAUGGCACAGCACACCCCAAACCCAAGGAGAAAAUCACCUUCUUUACCGUCGUCCCGACAGUCUACAGCCGCCUCCUGGCAACCCAUAAGGGUCUCCCCCUCGACCCAGAAGAGCCGACCCGCGAGGCCGUCUCCCCGAAACACAUGCGUCUCGCCAUCUCUGGCUCCGCCGCGCUGCCGACCCCCAUCAAGGAGGCCUGGAAGACGCUGAGCAAAGGCAACGUCCUCCUCGAGCGUUACGGCAUGACCGAGGUGGGCAUGGCCCUCAGCUGCGGUCUCGAUUUCACCGACCGCGCCGACGGCAGCGUCGGCUGGCCGCUCCCGGGCGUCGAAGCACGUCUCGUAGACACCGACACUGGGGCCGUCAUUCCUCCCGGGGAAGACGUCGACCCCGCUACGGGCCGCGAGCGCUCCGGCGAAAUCCAGCUCCGCGGCCCCACAAUAUUUAAAGAGUACUGGCGCAACCCCGAGGCCACGGCCAAGGAGUUCGUCGAAGGCGAGGACGGCCGCGGCAAGUGGUUCAAGACGGGCGACGUGGCUGUGCGCAGACGCGUCGAGGGCGCCGGCAGGAACGCCGCGCAGGCGUCCUGGGCCAAGGGCGACAUGUACUUCAUCCAGGGCCGCAAGAGCGCCGACAUCAUCAAGACGGGCGGUGAGAAGGUCAGCGCCCUCGAGGUCGAACGCGAGCUGCUCUCGCUGCCCGAGGUCGCCGAGGCCGCCGUUGUUGCCGUUCCCUCGGGCAAGUGGGGCCACAAAGUCGGCGCCGUCAUCAUCCUUAACAAGGACAUCGUGCCGAGCUGGACGCCCAUGGCAAUGCGGAGAGCCCUCCGAGAUCGGCUUGUAAACUAUAAGAUCCCACAGGUCCUAAAAGUUGUCGACCACAUCCCCCGUAACGCCAUGGGCAAGAUCAACAAGAAGCAGCUCGUACAGGCUGUUUUCGAGGAUCAAUUUAGUGGUGACGAAAUGUAA